AUGGAGCACAUCAUAUUUUACUGCAAGCAUGCAAGGGCAGUCUGGAAGGGUAUUGAUAUCAACAUUGAUAUGAUUUCAGGAAAUUUCACUACUGUCUCUGGUUGGGUCAUAAGCUGGUUUACUUCUGCCAAUUCUGGCAUUGAAGAAAGGCUGUUGUAUAUGAUCACAAUAUGGAUACUUUGGAAAGAUAGGUGUAAUGUUUUUUUUCAGGGAGUAACACUAAACUCAGUCAACUAUGUGCAUAAAAUUUUAUAUCAUUUAGCUUCUCAUAUGCAUACUGCUAGCUUAAAUCCAACUAUCUUGUGCAUAAAAAGUUCUAGCUCUAACUGGAAAACUCCUCCGGUAGGUAUGGUUAAACUUAAUGUUGAUGGCUCUUUUGAUUAUGAAACUAACAAAUAUGGUAUUGACAUUGUUAUUCGUGAUCACCUAGGUACAUGCCUUGGCACCAAAGGGAGUAACGGAGAUGGAUCACUGAAUCCAGAAGCUGUGGAGUGCAUGGCAGUGCGAGAUGCUUUAUUUUGGGCAUUGAGGAAAAACUAUUCAAGUAUCCAAAUAGAAGUCGAUGCAAGACUAGUUAUAGAGUCCAUCAACGGUACCAGUUCACUCGUUCAAUGA